GGCCGGGCGCGCGGGAACGGCUGGGGGCUGCGCCGGGGACCGGCCCGCCCUCCCGCUGGCGUCCUCUGGUCCGCGGGGCGCGCGGGUCCCGUUAUCAUGUCGCUGAGGCAGAGCCUGGCCCUGCUGGCGGGUCGUCUGCAGGAGCCGCAGAAAGUGGCCCGUUUCCAGCGGCUGUGCGGGGUGGAAGCGCCGCUGAGCCGCUCCGCGCUGGCCUCCGCCGCCCUGAGGGAGGAUGACGAGGAGGAGGCGCCGCUCUCCAGAGGCUGUCGGCGUCGGGAGCGGCCGCCAGAGGCGUGCGGAGGCCCCGGGACCCUCGCAAGCGACUGCAAUCAGUGCCCCGCCAAGCCGGGCGGCGGCGGCGGCGGCGGCGGCGGCGGCGGCGCCCCCAACGGCGUGCGGAACGGACUGGCGCCCGAGCCGGGCCCGGCCUCGCCGCGGCGGGCGGGCGCCCUUCGCCGCAACUCGCUCACGAACGAGGAGGGCGAGCUGGCCCACGUGAGCAACUGGCCGCUCUACUACCUGUUCUGCUUCGGCACGGAGCUGGGCAACGAACUCUUUUACAUCCUGUUCUUCCCCUUCUGGAUCUGGAAUCUGGACGCCCUGGUGGGCCGGAGGCUCGUGGUCAUCUGGGUGCUGGUCAUGUACCUGGGCCAGUGCACCAAGGACAUCAUCCGCUGGCCGCGGCCCGCCUCGCCGCCGGUGGUCAAGUUGGAGGUCUUCUACAACUCCGAGUACAGCAUGCCCUCCACCCAUGCCAUGUCCGGCACCGCCAUCCCCAUUUCCAUGGUCCUCCUCACCUACGGCCGCUGGCAGUAUCCUCUCAUAUAUGGACUGAUUCUUAUUCCCUGCUGGUGUUCCCUAGUUUGCCUAAGUAGAAUUUACAUGGGAAUGCACUCCAUUCUGGAUAUUAUUGCUGGAUUCCUAUAUACCAUUGUAAUCUUAGCUAUCUUCUAUCCAUUUGUGGACCUGAUUGACAACUUCAACCAAACUCACAAAUAUGCUCCAUUAAUCAUCAUUGGGCUUCAUUUAGCCUUGGGAAUCUUUUCUUUCACUCUUGAUACCUGGAGUACAUCCCGAGGAGACACAGCUGAGAUUCUAGGAAGUGGUGCUGGAAUUGCCUGUGGAUCUCACUUUACCUAUAGCAUGGGUCUGAUAUUAGAUCCUCCUCUGGAUACACUACCUUUAGUUAGGCCCCCCAUUACUGUAACUCUGUUUGGAAAAGCCAUAUUGCGGAUCUUCAUAGGGAUGGCAUUUGUACUAGUAAUCAGAGAUAUAAUGAAAAAGAUCACGAUUCCUUUAGCCUGUAAAAUCUUCAAUAAACCAUGUGACGAUAUUCGAAAAGCAAGACAGCACAUGGAAGUUGAACUUCCCUAUCGGUAUAUUACCUAUGGAAUGGUUGGUUUCUCUAUCACAUUUUUGGUUCCUUACAUAUUUCUCUUUAUUGGUAUCUCUUGAUGGAGAAACAUUGUUUAUGAUAAGAAAGGAGGUAUCAGUUACUGAUAUCUAAAAUAUAUUCUAGUUAAAAGCCAAAUCAGAGUUAGGCUUUUGCAGGAAUUUAACUUAAAUAAUUAUUUAAGUAAAUUCAUAAGAGUCGGUGCAUUUUAUAAUUGCACAUACAGAUAUUGUUUUAGGUGAGCUGAGCUAUUUCAACACUGAGAAAAAGUUUCCAUUUAGAACGUUCAUGUAAUAUUUGGAGAGUUUUGUGCUAUUAUGGAUUCAUUAUAUAUAAUAUAUAUUAAGGUACAUAAUAUGCAAUUAUAUAUCUAAUAUAUGUUAUAUAUAAAAUACCUAAGUUUUUUAAACUGCGGGGGUGUAUUAUAAAAUCAAUAAUAAUAUGCAAAACAGUUGUGCCUGUGUAUUUGGACUUAAUACAGGUAUGUUUUUAUUAACAGAUAUAUUUAAUGUUUAUUUACUAUGGGAGCCAUUUCCUAAUUGAAUUGCAGAAUUACUAGAUCAGAAGUCACAUGCUACCACAUAUUGAUUUACUGCCUCUUUUUACACUGCCAUCACCUUUCAUGUUACCCAUGAUGUUGAACAUGGGAGGCAUUUUUAAUGGACCAAAUUUUCAGAAAAAUUAAUUUUUGGAUUCCUGUUUUUGUUUUCCAGUUCUGUAUACUGUGUUGAAUGUACUUUAUUUGCAGUUGUUCUGGACAUGAGUUUAAUAAUUCAGGUACUGAAUUUUAUUGCUUGCUAAUUGUGCCUUUCUGUUGCUGUAUUGAGAAAUGCCAUGUAUACUGUGAUAUAAAAAUAAGAUGCUAACUUAAUCUUAAGUUACAUGUAAUCAGGCAAAUAUUUUAAAAAUAUAUGUCAAGCUAACAGGACUAGAAGUAAAAACACACUCAAUUCUUUCGCCUUUGUUUAGAAACAAAUGUGGAAUGGGCUAAACUCACUAAUUUAUUGAGAAACUAAAUGAAUAAAUAUUUAAAUUUUUCUAGGUAUUUUGCUGAGCAUUGUUAAAUUAUAGGAUCAAGAUUUUUUUUGGUUUUUUUUGUACAUUGUCUUGAUUGUUUAUAGUGCACGUAAGGUGUUGCAGUGAAUGGAAAUGUAAUUGAAAUUUUUAGAUGGGACAGUGCACAUGCUUCAUGUGUAAACAAACCAUAUUCCUAAAUGAUUUGGAAAGGAUUGGAUUUAGCAGUUACUUUUUAAUACCCACUUAUUAGCUACUUAUCAUAAAUUAUAAAAUCUAAAAGUAUCAGUAUUUAGAUCCUAUUAUUUUUCAACUUUUAUUUUCACAGUGGAAAAUUUGGGUGUAGCAUUAUUCUAGAUUCUGUCUGUGCCUUUAUAUUUUGAAGUGUAAUAAUAAUUAGGUUAACAUUGUUUAUUUGUAGUAUUUCAUAAAGAAGAGAAUUAACUUUCCAUAUAAAUGAGCAUCAGGUAUGGAAUUACUUUAGUGCAAUAUCUGUCUUGAUUAUCCAGAAAUAUCACUUGAGAUGUUUCUAUUUUGGGCAGCAUAACUAUUUGAGCUCAUAUUUUUAUAAUUCUGAUUGAGAAUUUAGGGACGUAAUAAUUUUUACCAGUACUGAAUCUGAUAAUUUUAAA